AUGGAAUCACCGGGCGAGACGCCUACUGACGAGGUACCAUCCACUUCAAAGGAAGUGUCCGAUGAAUAUGCGACAUUGAAAUACCAGUUAUUAGGUCCCUCCUUGACCAAGGCAGGUCAGGAUGCGGUAGACCAGCAGAAGGUAUCGGAAAUAAUAUACAACGCAUCUAAAGGAUCGAAGUUCUUUAAUCAUGAGCAAAACCGCGACCGGAUCCUAACGGAAAAGAUUGAGCGCAUCUUAAAAGAGAAGAGCCGUCUUGAAAAUCUAGAUCUGUCUCACGACCUACGGAGGGCGGAUCAGCUUCUAGAUGAACUGGAACUCAGUCGAGACUUGUCGCAAUAUAUCGUCCACGUUGACUGCGAUGCUUUCUUUGCUGCAGUCGAAGAACUGGACCGGCCGGAAUUGAAAACCGUCCCUUUUGCGGUGGGCAGAGGAGUCCUAACUACCUGUAAUUACGAGGCUCGAAAGUUCGGCUGCCGAAGUGGGAUGGCUUCAUUCGUAGCCGUGAAAUUGUGUCCGCAGCUCAUCUGCCUCCCCAUAAACCACCAGAAGUACAGUGCAAAGGCGCAGGAGAUUCGCGCUAUCUUUGCCCAAUACGACCCGCUCUUUGAAAGUGCUAGCAUAGACGAGGCAUACUUGAAUAUAACCGCCUAUUGCACGGAAAAUCAAAUCGAUCCGGAAGAUGCUGUUAAUCGCAUGCGAGCGGAGGUAUUGGAACAAACGAAAAUCUCCGUGUCUGCUGGCAUCGCAGCGAAUGCAAAGAUCGCCAAGAUCGCAUCGAACCGCAACAAACCAAACGGCCAGUUUCGCGUCCCUAACGAUAGAGAUGCCAUUCUGGAGUUCAUGAAGGAUCUUCCUGUGCGAAAAGUCAAUGGUGUAGGGCGAGUCUUUGAACGUGAGCUGGAAGCAGUUGGAAUUAAAACCUGCGGCGAUAUACAUCCUCAACGCGCACUCCUGGCCAAGCUGUUCGGCGAAAAGGCAUUCCAUUUUCUGGCCCAAUGCUACCUUGGGCUAGGGAGAACAAAGAUUCAGCCGGCGGAAAACUAUGAGCGAAAAAGUGUCGGCACCGAGAGCACGUUCAAUGAAAUGGGCGGGAAGGAGGCUCUCAGAGAAAAGCUCUGGGCGAUCGCCCAGGAGCUGGAGAAAGACCUGACUCGGACUGAAUUCAAGGGCCGCACGUUGGUGCUUAAAGUGAAGUUGGCUACAUUCGAGGUUCUCUCCCGACAGUGCCAACCACCCCGAGCAGUAUUUCUGGCUAACGAUCUCUACAUGUUCUCCCUCCCAAUGCUAGAAAAGCUCGAGAAGGAGAUCCCUAACAUGAAAUUGCGUCUUCUCGGCCUUCGCUGCACCAAUUUGGUAAGCACCAAGAAAGGGGGAAUUGAUUUCUUCGGUUGGGCCACGCGUUCCAAACCUACCGUUGAGUCGACUUCGGAUGCAGCUGAACAAGAGAUCAGUGCGGAAGAAGCAUUUGAGAGAGCUGCCCGCCAGGAGAUACAGGAGGACAUGAACGACCUGGAGAAGCUCAGUCAGGAAGUAUCUGAGCCCAACGAAGUGGAUCAGUCUGAAAAGGGCCCUGCCACCCCGUCUGAAUCACAGCCUAUGUAUUGGGAUUGCCCAGUUUGCUCAAAACCACAGGUUGCGGAUGACCGAGUAUUCAAUGAACAUGUCGACUACUGUCUCUCAAAACAAACUAUUAAGGAAGCCAUCCAAGGGGCUUCACAAGAUGCCGAGCCUGUACCACCAAAAUUGCGGAAGAGGAAGGGCACAUCGCAGGAGCCUGUUGACCCGCGCCAAAAGCGACUGUUCUUCACAUGA